AUGAGGACUGCAGUUCUGCUGUUUGUUGUGGGGUUGUGUGUGUUGAACGUCACAUCUUCCCUGAAAAUCUGCGCUUUCAAUGUCCAGAGCUUUGGUGAAUCAAAGGCAAACAACAAGAAGGUCAUGGGAAUUCUCCUGAAGAUUCUUUCUCGGUGUGACUUGUGUCUCAUUCAGGAGGUCCGAGACUCCAAAGGAGCAGCAAUACAAGCUUUGGUUAAGGAUCUUAAUGGAUUUGACAAAUCCAACUCAUACUCCUAUGUGGAGAGUGAAAGGCUGGGGAGGAAGACCUACAAGGAGCAGUACGUCUACAUUUACAGGAACAAUGUGCUGACAGUCAAAGAGCAUUAUCAGUAUCCUAAACUAGAAGGAGAAGGGACAAAUGAAACAGAUGUUUUCUCCAGAGAGCCUUUCAUUGUUCGCUUUCACUCCCCUACGACACUGGUGAAGGAUAUUGUCCUGAUUGGGCAGCACACUUGUCCCAGAAAUGCGAUGAAGGAGAUUAACGAACUGUAUUCUGUCUUCAAAGGAAUUUACAAGAAGUGGAAGACUGAUAAUGUAAUAAUUUUAGGGGACCUCAACGCCGGCUGCAGCUAUGUCACCAUCAAGGGCUGGAGAGCUGUGCGCUUGAGGAGCGACCCCAAAUUUCGCUGGCUAAUUGGAGAUGAGCAAGACACUACUGUCCGUGAGAAGACGCACUGUGCCUAUGACAGGAUCAUUGUCCAUGGACGUGAGAUUAUUUCCAGUAUAGUGCCGGGUUCAGCUCAACCGUUCAACUUUAAAGAGAAUUUUCAUUUAACAGAGGAGGAGGCUCUUGAGGUGAGUGAUCAUUUUCCUGUUGAAGUUGACCUAAAGCCCAAUCACCGCUACCUCCUACGCAGCGAGCUGUAG